AUGGACCCAAAUACCAGUCAAGAAUUACAGGCCAACACUCCCUUACAGCCGAAAUCAAUACUGCUGAAAGAUGGUGAGACCACGGCCACCAUGUAUCCGAUCCCGGCCAACGCAGAGCAGGUACCGGCGGGCCUUUUAGCGUUUUUGCUGGAUGAAUUUAACAUGGAAAUCGAGAAGGGCGAUAGUCUGCCGUAUUAUGAGCCCCUAACAGUUGAAGGUUUUUGCAAAACGUGGUUCCAUGCGGAGGGAUUAGUCUGCGUCAUGGUGUUGGGCGAGAUACCUGAGCUUGAUUACAGUAAUGCAUCUGAUGCACACAAUCCUACAACGGCCGGUGAUGACCCUCAAGCUGAAGUUACUCGACAUACAGCGCAAUAUAUACGGCGAAAGGAGCGACGUAACCUGAAUUUAAAUAUUCAAUGGGAAAAGCAGUGUUUGGGCGCCUUUAAUCUGCGACCUGCAUACCCCGGCCGUUCAUCGCACGUUGUAACAGCGUCAUUUCUAGUAAAUGCGGGUAUAAGAGGGAAAGGUAUUGGGAGAACGCUGGUGGAAUGCUUUUUGAACUGGGCUCCACAAUUAGGAUUCACCUCCUCCGUCUUCCCAUUGGUUUAUGGCACUAAUGUCGGUAUACGGCGUAUACUGGAAACUUUGAACUUUAGAAGAGUUGGGAAGCUGCCGGAGUCCGCAAUUCUUAAAGGCUGUGAUGUUCCUGUGGACUCUUUCAUCUAUGCCAAAGAGUUCACACAUGUCUCGAAAAGCAUUGAUCUACUGAAUGAGCCAAACAAGCAUUUCGCCAAAUAUGAAAGACUGCGCUAUUAUCUUGAGAGCGGUAACUACCCUGAUUACUGUGAUAGGAACGAGAAAGCAAGGUUACGCGCCAGCGCCAAAUAUCAUAUGAUUCAAAAUGGGAAGUUGAUGCGGCAAGGUAGAGAAGUCGUUUACGAUCCCGAAAAGCAAUUGGAAGUAGCCUUCGAAGUGCACCAAAUCUCGCAUCAAGGUAUCAAUAAAGUCACCACAAUAAUCGCGGAGCGAUACCACUGGAAAGGAAUAAAAAAUACCGUAGCUCGAAUUGUGGCAGCUUGUCCGCUGUGCAAGAACCAGCAGCAAGACGAUCUUGGGAUUGUUGUGGAGGCGGGAUCUCCACAGCAGCAAGCACAUAUGGCUAUGCGCAAUAGCGAAGUAGAUCACUCUUCGCAGCUGAGCAAAAUGGCAGCGGCUGUCAUAGGAAGUCUACAGGACCCGCUAUCCCGGCCCGAACGCGUUUUAGCAGAGGAAAUGCCACAGACGAAAAAAAUCAAACCUAGCAUCCACAGAAUGAGAUUCAAUGAAGCAGACGAUCCACAAGUUGAUACACAAGAAAUCUCGGGGAACGAACAAUCAAUGAACAACUUCACUGCGUACACGCGACAACAACAGAACACUAAGCGCCGCUAUCUCGAUGUGGCGCUAAGCGCUGGAUUGAGAGGAAAUUCUACCGUUUCAUUAAACGGGAUGUCAAGUGGACCGGCGACAGUCGAAAUAGAAAAACAUGACGAUACGAGUAUGGUCGAUGAUGCAUUAUUAAACCUGGAGGAUAAUGUGCUGGCGGCAGUGGAAGCUGUGCAGCGCAGCAAACGAAGAAAUAGUCAAUUUGAUCAUGACAGCGAUGAUCAGCAGUUUUACUAA